AUGUCUUUCUUAACAGAUAUCACUGAAAUUUUAGCUGAACUUGAUUUGCAUUUACAAGGAAAAGACCAGUUAUGUUGUUCAAUGUUUGAGCGAAUAACAAGUUUUACUAAGAAAUUAGAACUUUUCAUAAUGCAAUUGAAGGUUGGAGAAAUUGUACAUUUUCAGAAUUUAUCUAAAAGACAUGAAGAAUUUCCUGUGAACUUUGAAAAAUACACUAAAUUAUGUGAGACUUUGUCAGGAGAUUUUACAACCAAAAUUUCUGACUUCAGAAAGAUAGAAACUGAACUAAAAUUGUUGAGUGCUCCAUUUUCAUUUAUUUAUGUGGAAGCACCAGUUAAAUACCAACUAGAACUCAUUGAGCUUCAAAGUAGCGAAUCUUUGAAAACUUAUCAUAGAGAAUAUUCCCUUUUUGUCUUUUACAAGAAAUUGCAUUCUUUCAAUGAAUUUGAUCAAUUUGCCAAUUUAGGCACAAAACUAUUGUGCAUGUGA